GCUACAGUUUUAGUGGAACAACGUUUUUCUGAUCUGAUCGCUGCAUAAAAUCUUAAAAAUGAGCUCUUCUGACAUGAAGAUCAUUGCUGUGAUCGGCAGUGGGCUGAUCGGCCGCUCCUGGGCCAUGGUGUUUGUCAGUGGAGGCUACAGUGUGAAGAUCUACGACAACCAACCAGGACAGUCUGCCAACGCCAUCACAGAGAUCAGGAAGCAGCUGGAGGAGCUGGAGGAAGCUCACAUGCUGAGAGGAGAUCUGACCUCCAAGCAGCAGCUCUGCCUGCUCAGCAGCUACGAGGACCUGGCUCAGGCUCUGGAGGGAGCCUUCUUUGUCCAGGAGUGCGUAUUUGAACAGCUUGAGGUCAAGCAGAGCGUCUUCCAGGACAUCGAGCGUCUGGCGGGGAAAGAAGUCAUCCUGAGCAGCUCCACCUCCUGUCUGGUGCCAAGCAAGGUCUUCUCUAAAGUACAGAACAGGAGUCGCUGCCUCGUCUCCCAUCCGGUAAACCCACCUUACUAUGUCAAACUGGUGGAGCUGGUACCUCACCCAGAGACGGCAGCAGCCGUUAUGGACACCACCCACUCCCUAAUGACCAAGGUUGGCCAGGCACCCGUCCGUCUGACGAAAGAGAUCGAUGGCUUUGCCCUCAACAGAGUGCAGGCGGCCAUUAUUGCAGAGUCCUGGAGGCUGGUCCAGGAUGGCGUUAUCUCUGUCAAGGACAUCGACCUGGUGAUGUCAGAGGGGCUAGGAAUGCGUUACGCCUUCAUAGGUCCCAUGGAAACGAUGCACCUCAAUGCACCAGCAGGUUUGGAGGACUAUAUGAAACGUUACGGAGAGGGAAUACAGAGGAUCCUGACCUCCUUCGGGCCUGUACCAGACUUCUCCGGCAGCGAGGGAGCCAAGAGCAUCGUGAAUGAGAUGUGCGAGCUGAUCCCCAACGACCAGCAGCAUCUGUCGGCCCGGAUGGAGAGGAGGAACCAGCUCCUCAUGGGUCUGGCCAAGCUGAAGAAGGAGCACUAAGAUCAGCCUGCAAGUGAACGAAACUGCUGAUUAAGAAUGAAAACAACGAUGUGAAAUCUGUUGACUGAUUAAAAAGACUAAUACCUUUUUUUGACAUUCAGCUAUAAUGAAUCAUCUCAGGUGCUACACACAACAUAACGUAAAUGAAUUCUGUGAAGAUGUGAUGAAUUAAAAACAAUUAAAUCAUUAUGUUUAUGUGCUUUUUAUAUUCUCUCAAUAAAACAUGU